AUGAGACACGCAGCGUAGCGCUCACCGUGACGCGUGCAGUUGGAAUCCCGCUGUAGUAGGGAUGAAGGAAGCUGUAUCGCACCGAAUGGCAGCAGUACGUUCGUUCCGUUUCUGGCAGACAGACCUCUUCAGCCGCUUUUGACGGACACAUUCUCGCCGUGCGUCGUCUCGAGUGGUGCGUCCUUUUUUUUCUCCUACCGCCGUACCCGUACCGAUGCAAACUCCCUUUAGGUGCUACCCGGUAGCUUCUCGGGCCCGUGUACGCCAGAGUGUGUAGUAGUAGUGGCCAGAGUGCGUCGUCGAGAGAUAAGAGUCUAAUUUUGUGUAAACACACCGCGGAACGCAAAGUGACCACCGGCUCGUACCUCGGCCGCACGGCACAAAGGAGAGGGGGUCUGUACGAGAGAGAGAAAAAUUAUUGGAGAAAAAAAAAACAAGAAGAAUAGGAAAAACGGUUAAGAAACGGCGAAGCAGUGUGAAGUGGCGUAGAUAAGAAGCAGAUACAAACAAACCAACGGUCGCGAUUGACACGGUUUUGCGGAAAUGUGUGAUGUGCCGAUAGUUCCACCCGUAGUGUGUGAUACAUUAGAAGAACAAAAAGAUUUUGAUACGGAUGCGGAAAAGUUUUAGCUUGAAUCAUCAAAAGAUCUUUUAAGGAAGUGAUUAGUGAUUGAAAACAAAAGCCCUCUUGAUAGUGGUAUUUAUGGCGAAUGGUUGCCCUGGUUACCUUUGGCAAAUAAGUAUCGAAACUUUCCCUGCCCCCUUUGCAUCGAUGUGUGCAUUUGUGAACGUGUGAAGGAACAUUCCUCUGUUAGGAAAAUCUUACGCGUUAUUACGUCUUACGUCUGUGCUAAAUGAAGUAUUUUCUACUUCGGUGAAUUGUUUUGUCAGCGUUCGAUACUGUUGGAUUAAAACAUAAAUCAAGGCUUAAUGUUGCUGCUUCUCGAUAUCAUCGUUGUUGGAAAGAAACAAUGUGAGUUUGAGUCAAAUAUUGUCUGAAGAGUGAGUGUGAUUGUACCAAAACGAGAAAAUUAGUGAGAGUGUUAGUGAAACCCCCCGCGGCUAAGCGCAAUGAAACAACAGUGGUAGCAAGCGGUGCACAGUAAGCCAGAAGCAAACACUAGGAUCGACCCACAGGGGAACUAGAUAAAAUAAAACAAACGUGUGCCGGUGCUGAGGUCAGUUGACGGCGAUUCAAAUAUCUCCCUCUCUCUUAUCCUGUCGGUUGGGGCGCUGCAAGCGAAUUCGGGUACAUGUCCACCACGCUAUCGAGUGUCUCUGGAGUGUAUCCAGACGAUUCCGAGCAAGAGCAUGGACUGUUACCGGAUCUGAAUGGUGUCGAUCUGGUUAUGAGCUUGUCGCCCAAGGCGCCAAACCACCAUCACCACCAUCACCAUCAUCACCAUCUGACCAGCCUGCAGCAUCUGCAGAACCUGCAGCACAACUCGGCCCUCCACAGCCACUCGACACCGUUUAGCGUCACCGACAUACUGAGCCCGAUCGAGGAGUACCGCAAGCUGGAACUGACUGCGAAUCCACCCUCACCGUAUAGCGGCGGCAGUAGCGUUAAUUCACCGAGUGCCCUUGGGCCUAACACGACCACCGGCAGCACAACGACCGGCAGCAGUAGCAUGGCGAACCCGUACGCAAUGGGUCCCCUGUACCACAGUCCCGGCGUUCAGAGCUACUGUGCGCCGACGGACAACCUUUCACUGGCCGGUCACUAUACCGAUAUGCGCAACUCGGCUGCCGCCGGUUGGUACGGUUCCACCGCCAGUGAUCCACGCUUUGCGAUAUCCCGAUUGAUGGGAGGCUCGGCUGGCGGUACGAUGGGCCACGCCAUGUCCAACAUGGGCAGCCUGGCAGCGUGCAGCGUGUCCGACACCAAACCGAUGCAGUUCCCGCUUGCCCAGCGACGAAAGCGGCGCGUACUCUUCACACAGGCCCAGGUCUACGAGCUUGAGCGAAGAUUUAAGCAGCAGAAAUACCUAUCCGCCCCGGAACGUGAACACCUAGCCAGCUUAAUACAUCUCACACCAACCCAGGUUAAAAUUUGGUUUCAAAACCAUCGAUACAAGUGCAAGCGGCAGGCUAAGGAAAAGGCAAUGGCGGAGCAGAACCAACAUAAUCAGUCAGCCAGCUCACCACGACGUGUGGCCGUACCAGUACUAGUUAAAGAUGGCAAACCCUGCUCCGGCGGUUCGAACGCGAGCGCCAACAACAACAACAACGGUAGCGGCGGCAGUAGCGGGAGCAGUGCUGCAGCUGCCGCAGCUGCUGCAGCGGCGGCCGCCGCCGCUGCCGCUGUUCAGCAGCAGCACCAUCAACAGCAGCAGCAGCACCAGCAGCAUGGGCAGCAUCCGUCCCAGCAUGGGCAGCAUCCAGCACAGCACCAUCAGCAGCAGCAGCAGCAACACACGCAUCAACAGCAGUCGACCGUAGGUGGGAGUGGGGCGGGAUCGACCGGCGGGUCCGGCGGGGGCUCGAACGGCAGUGGAGCGAGUGGGCCCGGCUCGAACGGUAGCAGCAGUGCCGGCGGAGGCAGCUCAGGCACCAGCAACGGUAGCGGCGGUCCAGCCAGUGUCGGCAGCAUCGUGCUGCUGAACGACUCGAACGCCCACUCGCCCGAUACGGCGACGGCCGCACUGCUGUCGUCGUACAAUGGGGCGGCGGCCCACCAACACCAGAUGCUGCAGCAGCCGUGCAAUAAUGCGCUCAUGUCGAACAGCCUGGCGAUGGCUUACCGCAACCAGAACAACUUCAUGACGAACAGCCACCAGCAGCAGUGCGGCGGCUACCUGCCACUGCAGACGCGCGCCUGGUAAUAUUAGUGGGCCCGGUUCCGUGCCGACCGGUCGGCGGGUGUGAUCUGUUAAGAGGCCGGUGUUAGUUGCGUUUAGUUUUAGCAAAGAGCUUUGUUUUUAGAGAACGUUUUGCCACGAGCUGGUUUGCCGUAGGACAAAACGGGCUGUUUGUUUCCCUUUGCCAAUCGUCCGAGCGGUGUGUGCUUCUGGACGCAUUUUUUCCUAUUUUCCAUGGUGAAUUUAGAGCGCUCGGGCUAUGCGUUUACGUUGUUUGUGUGUGUGCGCGUGUAUUUUGUGAUGCUGACUGAGUGUUUCGCGCAGCAAGAAGGGCGUCGGAGUGAGCUCCCUUUAACGGUCUGAUGACCCGGGUCAAACAUACCUGUAUAUAGCCCGCAAAGUGUACCAGCAGUACAAGCACUACUUUGUUCCCUCUUCAUCUGUUUUGUUAAAAUUCUCACUGUAGUAUGACAGACGCGGAGCAUCUUUUUAGCCUUUUUCGCUGCAAGGAAAUUAGUUUGAAUAAGUACAGUAAUCAUUUCACAGGCAGUCUUCACACAAAUCAAAACAAACGGAACUGGAUAACGCCAGUAGCGCGAUUGUAGCUAACUCAAACUCGAGGCGCUGCAAGUGUCAGGAUUAGGGCAGCAAGUAGAUAACCGAGUAAGCUUGGACCGGUGGUGUAAAGGAAUUGUAGCACGAUCGUUUGCACGACACGAUCGAACCCAUUUUGUGUAUUAUACGUAUAGAUUUGUUUUAAUAGCAACCAGAAGACUUUAAUAUAAAACCAGCAAUCGCAUGCCCAUGUCAUGGGAGGAGUGGGGAGGCUAGGUACUUUGUGUUGGAAAUUAGAAGGAAAGGGGAUCAUAAAGACAGCAAUAUGAUCGAAGUAAGUAGAGGGUAGCGAACAUGCAAACUAAUCAAAUUUGGCUUAAGAUUGUUCAGUUGAAGCAUGCCCUCACAAAAGUGGUUUUGUGUUACGAAAACGCAUGAAUUUGACCAUUCAGUUCGACAUGGUAAUGUUAGGUGUGUUCCCCCCUGGAAAGUGUGGCAAUUGGACUGCAUUUGUUUUAUUCUGAUUUGCCAAAUCAGGCUCCGGUCAUUGGUUUUUAUACAAGUUGAACGGUUUAGCUUUAUAUUAAGGGAGAGAAAAGAGAAAAAAAACCAUGCAAAGAAGAUCAUGUUCCACGUGUAUCUAUCUCCGGAAUUUAUCAAGCAAAUUACACAAAACACAAAAGCUUAGAUACACUUCAGACACAAAAAGUACACGAUUGUAUAUAGCUGUUUUAUCGAGCAUUUGAUUUAAGCACGGUAGUAUUGAGUAAAUGAUAAAAAUAAAACACAAAACGGCAACAACCAACCAAUUUCGCUUCGACUCGUCUUGGGUAAGAAGGAUAAAACAAAGUGUCAAACGAUCUAAACACAAGUAGCACAUACCUACAAACUAUAAAGUGGAAGUGGCAAGAUCCGAAAUAGGGGAAUGGAAUAAAAUUUCCAAAUCAAAUAUGAAGCACAGGAAGUGAACGUAUGUUCGAGGCAUCAGAUUGAGCACGGUGAUUGAUUGAGUAUGAUUCGGCUACCGUUGAAUAUCAGCAGAUAAGUAUAAUAGAAAUAUUUCAACGACGGUACAUAAUGUAAUAAACUAUUGGUACACAGCUAAAAAGUGCAAAGACAGUUUCUACAGAGUGGCAAACGAACACGAUCAGCUUCACAAAUGGUGGCAAAAGAUGAGAAGAAUAAUGGAAUAAUUUUGUUUACUUUCAACACGAUCAUGUAACGUUAUUAAAAAAGCAAAGCAAAAACAUUUGUAUCAUUCGUUAACUUCUGCAAUUUUACUAUACAUUCACUGAAGGAAUUCUGCUAAGCCCGAUUUGGGCAAUUAGUCACAGUUUGGAACAUUUUGUUGGAAGUAAAACUGAAAAGGGUUUUUUUAAUCAUUUUGCUACUUCAAAUGAUUAGCCAAUGUACGAUCGGAACUGCAGGAAGGAGGAACGCUGUGUAAGCGAUUAUAAAAUAGACGGCAAAGGUUUGCAACACGCUCGUAUGGAAAUUAUGGAGUAGGUGGGCUCUUGUGCCAAUAGCACACGAAGCACAACUACAUGCAGCCGCAGGUGAGAAAAAUGGAAUCCAAUACGAAUGAAAUGAAAAGAAAAUAGACGAGGAAAACUGUAAAAGAAAGUAUAAAUCUGCGAAAAUAAAUAUACGGAAGUAAAAUGUGCCCAA